CGCUAUUAGCACACGAAGCUAACAAGUCAAGCUCGGGCCGUCGCCGGUGUGCCAAACUCACCAUGACCGAAAUGUGGCGUGCGUUGUGACAACUUGACGCCGAGAUGAUGAACGACAUCUCCGAGGAGCCGGAGAAGGACAGCUUGCUGGAAGCUCCGCCGAAUCCGCACAAUAUUACGGGGAAUGGUAGCGGCACAAGACCCAAAAACAGCGAUGGAGGAAUCAGGCCGACGGAGAAGAGAGGACCUUACAUCAUGUCCAGAGUGCCUGCCAUCCACCUCAAGUUACAGAAACACAGGGAGUUCGCCAGGAAGGCUCUGAAGAAGAAGGCUCUGUCACCAGGACCUCCUGUCAUACAUCAGCCCAGACAAGGAGCCAAGAGGAAAGUGAAAUAUAACAAGGGCUACACUGCUUUGAGUCAGCAUGCGGAGGAAACUUUGAUUGCACUGGAUUCAGGCAGCGAUGAAGAGAUUGAUCUGGAGCAGUGCUCCUCAGGCUACUCCUCGGCUGAGAUCCACCCGGACUUAAGCAAGCAGCUGCUUCAGGACGGCUACCGCCUAGACGAGAUCCCCGACGACGAGGACCUGGACCUGAUCCCGCCCAAGGCCAUGGGCUCCUCCGUGUGCUGCUGCGCCGAGGGCCCGUCCUGCUGCACGCAGUGAGGCGGACGCUUCUGACUUCAGAGCAGGUUUGGGAUCAAAGUCGCCGGCGCUCGCUGCCUUCAAAGCCGGCAACACUGCUGGAGCCUGAAGCUCUUCCUCUUCCUCUUCUUCUUCUUCUUCUUGAGGAAGAGGCGUGGCAUGACCGCACAGAUGGACAGCAACAAAAUAAGCCUUAUCCACUGUGACUCCAAAGCUAUUUUUCUAUGUUCGCGUUAUUUCUUUUUAUACCUGAGACGCCAACUAUGCUAGCACUCUAAAUAGAAUGGCACGGGGGCGAGAGUUCCCAUGAUGCACUCUGGUGUUCUUUAAGACUCCAUCGCCUGCAACUAUUAUUAACUAGAACAACUAGGGAUGGGUACCGAAUUCUGCGCUUUUAUAGGCACCGACCAAAUUCUGUUGGUACUACCGGGUAUCAAUUCACGUAAAAUCAUACGAUGCUAUAUUUCGAUACCUUUGUUACACGUGACGUCACGUCCGGUUGAAAAUGAAACUUCGGCUCCCAUAAAGAGUCAAGCAGUAAUGUUGCAAUUUUCACCACCAACAAAGCAAGUAUGCGUGGUAGAAAACGCUCUAAUCUGAAGUAAGGCCCCACUCUUCUUCUUGAUGCUAAUUUACAUUGGAUUUGCCAUAGAUGGGCUACUACUAGCAUUAGCGACUUUACAUGGCAAUUUCAACACUUCCAAAUUUGGUAAUGAAAAGUACAACUAAGAUGAAUGUUACAGUCAAACAGCUGCUGUGUAAUAAGCACAAUACUUACAGUAUAAACACCUUGUAGGGCGCAACAUAACACAUUCGGCUUCCUGGAAAAAACUACUUCCUAUUUAGACAAUAUAGUUUGUAGGGUACUGCAAUGUAAUGCCUUGGAAGUGCAACUGCAUUGACAAUGAGACUCAAAUGUAAUAAGAAACCAAGAUAUCAAACAAUUCGCAUUAAAUAACACUCAUUAAAGUACCGAAAAUUGGUACUGUUGAGUACCGGUAUUGAUCCCCAGGUUCCGGGUUAUAAUAAUAAUAAUAAUAAUAAUAGAUUUUAUUUGUAAAAAAGCACUUUACAUUGAGCAAACAACCUCAAAGUGUUGCAGUGUGUUAAAAAAUUCUAAAAAUUAAAAAAUGUUCAAAUGUGAACGCUACCCAUCCCUAAAAACAUUCCCUGACUGCUGGCACAUUAGCAUAUUCCAACAAAUUAGCAUUCUAAUGUUUUAAAUAUGAAUAGAAAACUUCACUGCGGUUGCUCUCCAAGCUACAGUAAAUGCUGUACACGAUGAAUGCUUCAUAAAACUACUCUAUUGUAUCGCUUUUCAUACAAUAUUUAUUAUCCAAAAAUGUAUUUCCUUGAAAAGGUGAGUUACAUGUGUAAAAUUGUGCUGGUUUGGGCAGGCCAAGCACCGAUGAAAUGGAUUAAAAAGUCAGUGGUUUGGAGUCAGUCUUAGACCUAAUGGAGCUCCUAAGUUGCAUUCCCAUUCCAAAUGUCACUUUAUGUUACAGUCUGGGUCCAAGUGCAUGGAUAAAGAGUACUGCAGACUCUCUGAGGAGGUUUACAUGUGUGGACUAUAAACUUUACCCCCAAUAAUAAGUGGUCUUGACCCUAAGAUGAAUAUUGACUAAUAUUUGUCAUGUUGCAGUGCAGACCACAUGAUUACAUGUUCAGGAACGAGUAGGACUUUUAUUGCUUGAAAAAGAGUAUGGGGCGAGAGGUUCUUGGUCUUUCCAAUCCCUCUGACUGCACUUUUUAAUGAUGUUGUGUUCCACACUAGGGGUCAGUAGCAAGUACACUCAUGUCUUGCGGUGUCACACACUAGGGGUCAGUAGCAAGUACACUCAUGUCUUGCGGUGUCACACACUAGGGGUCAGUAGCAAGUACACUCAUGUCUUGCGGUGUCACACACUAGGGGUCAGUAGCAAGUACACUCAUGUCAACCCGUGCUAUGCAACUGCUGGACAAUCUGCUCAGCAUUCUGUUCUCUUUGAUCAUGCUUACAACUCUUUUUGUUUACAUUGUCAAAUAAACUUAUGUCAUACC